AUGUUAUCAAGUCGAGAGUCUAACGAUGAUUAUGAAGUUUAUAAUAUAUUAGGAAAGGGAAGUUUUGCUUCUGUAUUUCGUGCAGUUAAUAAAAAUAGUAGACAAGAAGUAGCAAUAAAAAUGAUUGAUAAAAAAAUCAUGAAAGCCAAAGGUAUGAUAAGUAGAGUUAGAAAUGAAGUUGAAAUACAUUCACAGUUAAAACAUUCCUCACUAUUAGAAUUGUAUGAUUAUUUUGAGGACAAACAAUAUGUUUAUAUAAUUUUGGAAUUGUGUCAUAUGGGGGAACUUGGAACAUAUGUAGCAUACAAUAAGUCAUCAGGAAAGGGUGUUAAUGAAAAUCAAGCUUGCCGUUUUAUGAAACAAAUUCUAGAAGGGGUAUACUAUCUUCAUUCACAUCAAAUAGUUCAUCGUGACUUGACAGUUUCCAAUAUUUUAUUAGACAAAAAUUUAAAUGUGAAAAUUGCAGAUUUUGGCUUAGCUAUCCACUUAAAAAAACCAGAUGAAAAACAUUUUACUAUGUGUGGAACCCCAAAUUUUAUUUCUCCGGAAACUGUUUUAAAUUCCCCACAUGGUAUGAAAGUAGAUAUUUGGAGCUUGGGUUGUAUUAUGUAUACUUUGCUUUGUGGCUUACCCCCAUUUGAUACCCAAAAUAUUGAAUCAACUUUCAACAAAAUUAUAUCUGGUAAAUUCUUUCUUCCUGCAUACCUAAGUUCCAAUGCUAAAGAUUUGAUAUACCGAUUUUUGAGGACUGAACCUUCUUCUAGGAUUAAUUUAGAAGAAGCCUUGAAACAUCCCUUUAUAACAAAUGUAAUUUCUUCCUCAAAAAGCGAUGUGAAUGAUUCUACUAUGAUCUUUAGAAAGUUUCGUUUGCCUCAAAAAUCUUUAAACCUAAAUCCGGACCAAUGUGCACCCAAACAAAAUUAUAAAAAAAGUGAUGACAUUUACAAUAAUCCUGUUGGUAAAAAGGUAAAUGGCCUUAGAAGAUUAAAUUUUACCCCUAAAUUAUCGAUCCUUGAAGAAAAUGAAUACUCUAGCAAUCAUGAAAUUAAAACUAACCUUGGUACCAUCAAAAAUUCGCCCUCUUUUGUGAAAUCUUUAUCCGGAAUCUCAACAAAUUACAAUGAAACUAAUCAGAGCUUAUCUCCGAACACGUUUGUAAAUAAUCUUCGACAACAGCUGCAAAAUUUGAACUUGCGUUUGAAUGAAAAACCAACUGAUAAAGAGGAAAAUCAAACCAAACACUUGAAUAACCAUGACAUAAUCACGAACGAUAAAAAAAGAUUGAAACUUUCUGAUUUAAACCCUAUUCAAGAUGGAGAUACUAAAGUAUUGCGAGACACUACUAAUAAUGCUGACUUGAACAUCAAGAUAUGCGGCAAAAUGAAUAGAUUUGAUGAUCAGGAAAAUAGCGAAAGAGGUAACCGUAGUAACCCAAAUAAGCGAGAACGAUUAGGUUGGAUAACCGAACCCAUAAACACCGAGCGACUUAAACCAUUCAAACAACGAAAUAAAAAUAUCGUGAUGUCCAUAUUACCUGGUGGUGACGUCAGUUUAGAAUAUAUGGGCAUGUUACCUGAUUCUAGAUACGAACUACAGGAAAUUUUUAAAGUCUCUCACGAUGGCUAUAAAAUUGAAAUACUAAAUAUCGUCCAUAGAAAAAACGACAAUCUCUAUAAUUCUUCUCGUUGGAAAAUUUAUCAAUUCAACGAAUUACCUAGGUGCUACUGGAGGAAAUAUUUGUUGACAUCGAGGUUCGUUAAACUUAUGAAAUCAAAAACUCCUAGAAUAACCGUAUACACACCUAGGGCUAAGUGUCAUUUGAUGGAAAAUUUACCAUUACAAGACUUUGAAGCAAAUUUUUAUGAUGGUGCAAAAUACAUCGUAAUUCAAAAUCUGACAAAUGACUAUAAUAAACGUCGAAGAUCAAACUCUAAAUUUUUAGAAGAUGAAACAUCAAACCUUUCCGUAAAAUACAUCGCUAAGGAUUCUCAAUCCAUUCGAGACAUAACUCAUUUAUUAAAAAGCACUCAAUCUCAAAAAAAAUCGAUUGAAGAGAUUACAAAUCAGAGCCAAGAUUUAUCCGAAGUGAUGACUUAUCGAGAUUACACAUUUAAAAUUCAAAAGUCCCUAGAUUCUAUAAUGCACAGUGAUCUUUCAACUAAUGUCUGCAUAUCUAACAAUCGUAAUACCGCUCCUUUCCCUAUAAUUAUUGGAACCAACCCAAAGAGAUAUGCAACUUUUAAAGGAAUAAACAAAGAAGCGAUACCGACACCCAGUGGAGUUAAGGAUUGGGCUCACACCAUGAAAGAUGACAAAAAAAUUAUUCAUAGAAACUCAAUUUGUGAUACUGUUGAUGGUUAUAAUCAAGAGGCAAGUGAUAAAUUAUUUCUGCCUUUUAAAGAAACAUCCAAAUACCCGUUUCAUACAAAUAAUGUUUCGACUUUGUUUUCAUCAAAUAAUGCUAUGGGCUCAACCUUAAUGUCAAAUAUUAACGAUAAACUAAAGGAUAUCAGUUAUGAGGACAAAUCUUUAACAAUAAAUAGCCAAAAUUCAAACUUUACAAAGUAUAAAUUAGACAAUAUACCUUCGACCAAAGACUUGGUGUCAGCUUACAUACCUGGUUCCUGUUGGGGCUUGUUUGAUCCAACGAGUCAAAAGUUAACGGCCAAAUUUUUAGAUGGCAUUCAGCUUAUUAUCGAUUUAAAUAAUAUGGAUAGGAUCAAGUAUAUAGAUACCAACGAGAAUCACUUCUCUAAAGAUGCUAGUCAUUAUCCAAGAGAAAUAAAUCCUAAAUCUGAUGAUAUCUCAUUGUUCAUUAAACAAAAAUUGCAAAAAAUUCCUUUGCUAUUGGAAAACAUAAGUAAAAAUUGUCGCAAAAAUUGUUAA